GUGGUGAGAGCGUGCGAUACCGGCUCGUGGCUCACGACUCAUGGUUCUUUUCGAUCGACACCGGACUGGAUCUCGCUCACCUCACAGCGUUCGUGGUGCCGUACGGUAUUCAUUCUGUUGCCACUGGCCGAGAUUAGCACAUUCCCAUUUGAUCGAUCGCUCGCCAACAGCGUUUAAUAACGUUUCUAAAAAGAUAUAAAUCAAGAAAGCAAACAUGUGUGACGAGGAAGUUGCUGCGCUCGUAGUCGACAAUGGAUCUGGUAUGUGUAAGGCUGGCUUCGCCGGAGACGACGCUCCUCGUGCUGUCUUUCCUUCAAUCGUCGGCAGGCCACGUCACCAGGGUGUCAUGGUUGGUAUGGGACAAAAAGAUUCUUACGUCGGUGACGAGGCUCAGUCCAAGAGAGGCAUUCUAACGCUCAAAUAUCCAAUUGAACACGGUAUUGUUACCAACUGGGACGACAUGGAGAAGAUCUGGCAUCACACGUUCUACAAUGAGCUGCGAGUAGCUCCAGAGGAACAUCCGGUCCUUCUCACUGAAGCACCCUUGAAUCCCAAGGCCAAUCGCGAAAAGAUGACACAGAUCAUGUUCGAGACAUUCAACACCCCGGCGAUGUACGUGGCGAUCCAAGCCGUACUGUCGCUGUAUGCUUCUGGUCGUACCACCGGUAUCGUCUUGGAUUCGGGUGAUGGUGUCUCUCACACCGUACCGAUCUAUGAAGGAUACGCUUUACCGCACGCUAUCCUCCGCUUGGAUCUAGCUGGGCGCGAUUUAACUGAUUAUCUUAUGAAGAUUCUCACCGAGAGAGGUUAUUCCUUUACGACCACGGCCGAACGAGAGAUCGUUCGCGACAUUAAGGAGAAACUUUGCUAUGUGGCACUAGACUUUGAACAGGAGAUGGCCACCGCAGCCUCCUCCUCCAGUUUGGAGAAGAGCUACGAACUUCCUGACGGUCAGGUCAUCACUAUAGGCAACGAGCGAUUCCGUUGCCCUGAGGCUCUCUUCCAACCUUCGUUUCUAGGCAUGGAAGCUUGUGGUAUUCACGAGACCACGUACAACUCUAUCAUGAAGUGCGAUGUCGAUAUCCGCAAAGAUCUUUACGCCAAUACUGUUUUGUCUGGUGGCACUACCAUGUACCCUGGCAUAGCCGACAGAAUGCAGAAGGAAAUCACUGCCUUAGCCCCGUCUACUAUGAAGAUUAAGAUUAUUGCUCCACCAGAGAGGAAAUACUCUGUAUGGAUUGGUGGUUCCAUUCUUGCAUCGCUCUCCACCUUCCAACAAAUGUGGAUCUCGAAGCAAGAAUAUGACGAGUCCGGACCCUCCAUUGUCCACAGGAAGUGCUUCUAAACACGUUUUUCAUCGCACACUAUCAUUCCCCGAUCCCAAUGAGACUUUGAGAGAUAGAUAAAUAGAGCAAGAGAGUAUGUGAGAGAGGAGCUUUUGUCUCGUUUCGUAGGCGGACAUAACAUCAACUUCCGCGACGAUUGCCCUUUGGUUUCUCUGGAGGGCAAAGAUAGCUUCUUUCAAUUCGGAUGUACGUGUUUAUACGCGUAAGGUAAGCGUGUCCGAUUGAACGAGAGGAGAGAAGAGCUUACGAUACAUUGCUCUCCUCCCGCAAUUGUUUUCUUCGGUCUCGGCGGCAAUCCAAAAUAAAUCGACGGCUCGUUCUUGCUCGUUUAAACACUGUCAUUUUUCCAUUCGAUAUAACGAUCUUGAACAUGUGCCCCGAUUUCCGAAUAUCUUUUUCUACCUUGUCUUAUAUGGAGUCCAUUGUAUUAUAUAUUUGAAUAACUUGUGUCUGUACGAUAGCAUUUAGCUAAACAUUCCUUGCGAGACAUCCUUCUCUCAACGCGAGAGCAGAACAGAAAGCUUUUCCGUUGAUUCGUUACUCUCUUGUAACGGUAUGCGUAAACUUUGCCAUUUUUCUUUGAGAAUUCAAGCAAGAGAUAUUCAAGUGAAAUAACUCGAAGAUUUUUGUCACGAGAAAGACCGUCAGUUAUCCGCGAACGGAUGACGAAAUGCGGACGCACAAUGGCAAUCUACGUCGAUUGAUGCAUUCCGAUCAAUGUGCGGUAUUUUUUAAGAUACAUGCGUCUAAAUACACGUCAUUUCGCGCAGAAAGACAAGCUUCUUGUUUAUUUUGUUUUUUAUUACAAUUUGUUUAUCGUUGAGGGAAAAGUGACCUUUUUUGUAUUCUUUUUCUUUUUUUUACACGACGGGGUAAACUGCUAAUUUGAAUAAGUUCUACCAACGUUCGUUGAAACGAAAAAAAAAAGGUUUUGACCCCGUAAGCGUAGCCAAAGUAUUAUAAUUUAUUCCCAAUUAUAUUGCGCAAAAACCUUCACGUACACAUCUUAAAGACUACUUUAGACUUAUGGGAUUAUAAAAUAAAAGUCUGGAAGAAAAACAUGA